CAAAUGUUGGUCAAGUUUACCGCUCAGAGUUUUGUGCAUUUGCAUCCGGUUAAAGACGCAACGUAUCGAAAAUGUUCACCCUCUGGACGCUGGUCGAAGCAACGCUUCUGUUUCUGAACGCAGUUUGCAUUUUGAGCGAAGAACGGUUUCUAAGCAAAUACGGCUGGGGCGUAUCCUCCCAAGUGCAAGGAUUCGGAGAGCCCACUACCACCAAGGGCCAAAUACUGAUGCUGGUGCGAUCCAUACGAACUGUGGCCAAAAUACCUUUAAUAUUCUUCAACAUACUGGCGAUAGUGUUUAAAUUACUGCUUGGAUAAUGGCCUGACGUGUAUUUUGGGUGAAUAAAUAAAACUACUUCCUAACUUCCUACUGCU